CGGGGGGGCCCUGCUGAGCCCCCAGUGGGUGCUGAGCGCGGCCCAUUGCAGGGCCAGCCACCUGCAGGUGCGCGCAGGUGAGCUCAGCCUGGCCCAGCCCGGGGGCCACGCUCAGUUCGCCGCCGCCGUGGAGCUCGUGGUGCACCCGGAGUUCGGCGGCGGCGCCGAUUCCCGGCGCUCCGGGAAUUCCGGGAAUUCCUCCGGGAAUUCUUCGGGCGAUUCCGGGAAUUCUUCGGGCGAUUCCGGCCGCUCCCACGACCUGAUGCUGCUCAGGGUGGAGCCGCCGUUCACCUGCGGGCCGCAGGUGAGGCCCCUCCCCCUCCCCGAGGCCCCGCCCAGCCCCGGCUCCACCUGCACCGUCAUGGGCUGGGGCAGCACCAGCAGCCCCGAGGAGUCGUACCCGGAUGUGCCCCAGUGCCUGAACGUCACCGUGCUGGGGGACGGCGCCUGCCGCGAGGCCUACGGGCCGCUGGUGACCCCGGACAUGCUGUGCGCGGGCACGGCCGAGGCCGGCAAGGACUCCUGCCAGGGUGACUCCGGGGGUCCCCUCGUGUGCCAGGGGCAGCUCCAGGCCGUGGUGUCCUGGGGGGAGCACCCCUGUGGUCAGCCCGGCCGGCCGGGGGUCUACGCCCGCGUCCAGCCCGAGCUGGCCUGGAUCCGAGAGGUCAUCGGGGAGGACGGAGUGGCCACUGACCCCUCCUGUGAGCCCUGACACCGCCGAGUGACCGCUGACACCCCUGAGUGACCACUGACCCCUCCUGAGUGACCGCUGACAACCCCUGAGUGACCACUGACCCCU